AUGAGUUCAGCGAAAUGGAUUUUUGUAAAAACUGUCGACGGAAAGUGUCCCCUAGUGGUUGCCCGCCACAAGGCUACGAAUAUAUUGUGUGACAUUAGCUUUUCACACAAGAUAUCCGUUGAUCAAAAUAUGCUGGUUAACUACAUCUUUGAUUUGCAGCCUAUUGCUCGCUACAUGGUAAUUUACCUUCGAGGCUGGGCCCAGAAAUAUGGUUUAACUAAGUUUCGCGGACACAUAUUUAUCCUGAUGGUGAUAUAUUUCCUUCAAAUUUGUGGCGAACUGCCCAGUAUCGAGAAUCUCCAAGCUAACCUUCCGCCGAACUUUGGGCCUUGGAAAACCAAUUUCGUAAAGCUUGACUUGUCGUCUUUUAAUAUGAAGACUGUUGCUUUGAAUGGAUCAGAAGUUCGUCAUCGUUUGAAAGAUUUCUUUGACUACUACUCAGAAUUCAACUAUGCCCGGUUUGUCGUUUGUCCCUGGCUGGGAAAGGUACGCCUUCGCUAUGUAAUGCAGGAAUGCAUGCCUAAGAGAUGCUAUGACCGCCUUUACGUGGCCGAUUGCCAUGCAAUUAUCGUACAGGACAUAAUUCAUUUAAAUCAGAAUAAGGCAUUUCCAAUCGCACAAUAUGAUCUACUCUCCUUUAAGGCAAAAUGCAAGGAUAUGAAAAUGAAUACUAAAUAG